UUUGAAUUAAAAUUGUUAUAAUCUUGAGUGUGUCAACACAAUGCAUGAGAUUAAAACUUUUAAUCUGUUUUUAUUUACUUAUUUACUCAUCAUCGAUCAGUCACUAAGUUCACAGCCGCAGCCGCUAUGAAGAUCACACUCUUGUUCUUUGUUAUCGCAUCACUUGUGGCACUUCUGAGUGCUCGUGACAUUCCAAAAGAUGAUUCUCUGGGAUAUGAAAUCGUUGAUCCAAGUACUAUUGUAAUACGAGAACCAAGGCCAAAAAAACCUUCACCUGAAGUCAUCGCACAAUCGAAUACAAACAAAACUUUCGCCUACGAUCCAGUGGAUAAAGUAUGGACAGUUGUGAAGCCAACUGACGAAAUCAAAGAAGGCACAUUGCUUUGGAAUCAAAAAGAUGACAAAUGGUUGACACAAUCUUUUCUACCAUAAACACAAACAUUUCUCACUUAUUUUUGUUUGAUUAAAAAUUAUUAUUUAUUUA